AUGAUAGGUACAGUUGCUAUCCCAGGAAAAGAUCAGCAACUAACAUAUAAUUCUGUUAGUAUUGAAGGUGAACAGUAUGAUACACUUCUUUCUUUUUCGAUUCUUCAAGAAUUGAUCAACUUGACAGGUGAUAAUGCCGAAAUUGUUUAUUGUUUUCCAAAUGAAUUUCAUUUCUGCACAUUUGACGCUACAUUUAUUGUUGAUGGAUGCACUAUUAAACCAAAAAUUCGAAGUUCUGAAGAAGCCCAAAAAGAAUUUGAUGAAGCUACCAAAAAUGGUUUUCGUGCAAUUCUCGGCGAAAACAUUGGAAAUGGACUUAAUCCUUUCCAUUUAGGAAAUCUACCUUCAGGCAAAAUCGUUCAAGUUUUGCUCAAAGUUUCAUUCUUAGCUGAUAUCAAUGAUAAUAGUUACUUCUUUAAGUUCCCAUUGCUGUCCGCUAUCAAAAAGGAGUUGCUACAACUACGUAUUCAGACAUACCUGAUUCAUUUUUCUUUUCAUUAA